ACACGCCUGCGUGUUUUCCAGAAGUCCUCUGCCUCCUCAGACGCCCUGCUGGUCCUGUCAGUCGACGAGGUGGGAGCUGACAUUGCAUUGAGGAGAUGGGAUCAGGAAAUAAAGCAGUGUUGUUUGUUCGCCGCUGAGCAAAUUACUGUUAUUAUUGCUGAUGAUGGUGGUGUUGGUGAUUCUUCACUUUAUCCCCCAUCUUCCUUUACCCCACAAAAGGCUCACGUGAACAGCAUCAAAAUCGUGGUUCCACGUUUCCACGAGCGCGACAGCAAAGAACCGGUCUGCCUGGCGGAGACGAGCCAGAAGACACGGGCCAAUAACCUCUUUUCCCUGCGCCUUCUCAUUGUGGACAAGGUGGCGCCGAACUUCCUCACCGAGUACGAACACACGCGACACCAUCUCACUUGCGAAUUCAAGACCCUAAAGGUGCGUGCGGUGUUCUCCUCCUGCAUUUUUGAUGACUUCCUGAUACACCUCUCCUCUCUUUCCCAUAUUUCCUCACCCGCGCACUCCGCUACUAUCUUCUCGGGUAGUGGCGCAGAUCAUUUUAAAGUUGGAACGAAGUAG